AUGAUUUUAUAUUUGUUUUGUUUUCUUUGGUGCGUGUCUAUCGGUGCUGGGGAUACGUUGACUAAGGGCUUGCUUAGAGUUACUGACGAAUAUUAUGCGUACGGACAACAUUCAGAAAGUCAGUUGCCGCCUUGUAGAGACUGUAGUUGCGGUGAGCGCAAUGAAGAGCCUCGUGUGGUUGGCGGUUCUAUGUCCGACUUGAAUGCCUUUCCUUGGAUAGCUCGUCUCAUCUACCACAAUUCCUUUGGAUGCGGAGCGUCCCUCAUUAAUGACAGAUAUGUUAUCUCUGCAGCUCAUUGUGUUAGAGGGUUUAUGUGGUUCAUGUUUCGAGUGAAAUUCGGUGAACAUAAUCGUUGUGACCGCAAGACUACACCUGUUAUUCGUCAUGUAGUGAAGAUGUACGUCCACAACUUUACAAUAGCUGAAUUAACAAAUGACAUUUCUCUGUUGCUUCUAAGUCAGCCCAUGAAGUAUUCUCAUGCUAUCAGACCUGUCUGCCUACCUAAGAACGUGCAUAACUUAUAUUCCGGUGCACAAGCCACUGUCGCAGGAUGGGGUGCGAUGGGUGAGACCGGCAACUGGUCUUGUACCCUACUCGAGGCAGAUCUACCAGUUCUUAGUAAUGAGCAGUGUCAAAACACGAAGUAUAACAAGACGAAGAUAAAGGAUGUUAUGAUGUGUGCAGGGUUUCCAGAAACUGCACAUAAGGACGCUUGCACCGGAGACAGCGGGGGACCUCUUAUUAAUGAAAAUAGCGAGCAUGCUUAUGAUUUGAUUGGUAUAGUAUCAUGGGGCUAUGGAUGUGCAAGGAAAGGUUACCCAGGGGUGUAUACCAGAGUGACUAAGUACUUGGAUUGGAUUCGAGACAAUACCGAAGACGGCUGUUAUUGUUUAAAAAUGUGGAACAUUAGUGCGGUGCUUUUAUUAUUCGCGUGCUGCGGGACAAUUGCCCAGUGUGGGGAAAUUGUCAAUAUUAAGAAAGAAAAUUUGACCAUUUAUGAGGCGCCUAACAGUGAAAGUAAAGUUGAUAAGAAUGAUGGAUGUAAUUGUCGUUGCGGUGAACGAAAUGAAGCCUCCCGUAUAGUUGGUGGCGUAGAAACUGCUGUGAACGAAUUCCCUUGGGUGGCGAGAUUGACGUAUUUCAACAAAUUUUAUUGUGGCGGUAUGCUUAUUAAUGACAGAUAUGUCUUGACAGCAGCGCAUUGCGUUAAAGGAUUAAUGUGGUUCAUGAUAAAAGUGACUUUGGGAGAACAUAAUCGCUGCAAUAAGACUCAUAGACCGGAAACCCGUUUUGUUGUGAACGUGGUGGCCCAUAACUUUACAUAUCUGACGUUUAGGGACGAUAUAGCUGUUUUAAAAUUAAAUGAAAAAGUCCAAAUAUCUGACACGGUUAAGCCUGUAUGCCUCCCACGCAGUGAUGAUAAUCAAUACGAAGGAGUCAAAGCAAUAGCUGUUGGAUGGGGUUCUAUCGGAGAGCAGAAGAAUCACUCUUGCAAUCUAUUAGACGUAGAACUACCAGUUCUAAGUAACAAAGAAUGUAGAAAUACCAAGUAUGAAUCCACCAUGAUUGCUGAUAAUAUGCUCUGCGCUGGAUAUCCUAAAGAAGGAAAGCGGGAUACCUGUCAGGGGGACAGUGGCGGACCAUUGUCCGCAGAAAGAGGAGAUAAGCGCUAUGAACUAUUAGGCGUUGUUUCAUGGGGUAUCGGUUGCGGUAGACAAGGCUACCCUGGCGUUUAUACCAGAGUCACCAAGUACUUGGACUGGAUUAAGAAUAAUUCGCGGCACGGCUGUUUCUGCUCUGACUAA